AUGGCCAUCUCUACCUUUACGGUGAUCUCUUCGACUUCAGAGCUUUCAAGGAAUGAUUUCGAAGUACAAGAUCUACUGGAGACUGUUGCCGGCUUUGGGACGCCAGUCACUCGAACCUAUACCUUAAAAAUCGCCAACACAAAAUUCAAGGAAGGCACCAUGCCUCCCUCAGAGGCUCAUGUGAUUGGAUGGGACAGAUCUUCAAAUGAUUGGAAAUACAAUGAAACCGUUUGGCAACAGAUGGACAAUGUGCUUGAUCUGGCCCGUGAAUACGGAGUCAAGCUGAUACUUCCAAUCAUCAAUCAGGAUUACGGAACAAGCGACACAGACUACGUAGGCAACUACAAUGAUCGGCUUUUAGCGGAAAAAGCGGCUGAAAACCGCUAA